AUGAAUUCCAGUGAGAGAAAACAAGCUUCGACGCUGCUGCCGGGAAGCGACGACGGUUCGCCAGCGCACUCCCCGGAAAAGCAGCAGCAGCAAGAUGACGACAUCUCCGCGCCGCCCAACGGCGGGUUCAUAGCGUGGGUGCAGGUCGCCGGCGCGUGGGUCAUCACCUUCAACGUGCUCGGCCUGCUCAACGCGUACGGGCAAUUCCAGGGCAUCUACGAGACGGACCUCCUGCGGGGCUCCUCCGCGUCCGCGAUCGCGUGGAUCGGCUCGGCGCAGUUCCUCGUGUGCUACCUCGUGUGUGUCGCGACCGGGCCGGUGCUAGACGGCGGCCACCUGCACCUCCUGCUCGGCGUGGGCACCGCGGUCACCGUCUUCGGCCUGAUGAUGACCAGCCUGUGCCACGCGUACUACCAGUUCUUCCUGGCCCAGACGGUCGUGACGGGUGUGGGAUUCGGCCUCGUCUUCCUGCCGGCGUCGUCGGUUGUGUCGCAGUGGUUCUCGAGCCGCGCGCCCCUCGCGAUCGGUAUCGCGGUGAGCGGGUCCAGCGUCGGCGCUGUCGUGUAUCCCAUCAUGCUGCAGCGGCUUGUAGGAAAGGUCGGCUUCCCGUGGACGGUGCGGAUCAUCGGCUUCAUGGUCCUCGCCACCAUGCUCUUCGCCGCGGCCGUGAUGCGGCUCCGAGUCGGCAAGAGCCAACAGCGGCGCAAGGAGAUAGACUUCGGCCACGUCAGGGACAAGUUCUACCUCGUCGCCUGCCUCAGCUUCUUCGUCAACUUCCUGGGCCUGUACGUCUUCUACUACUACAUCUCCCUGUAUGCAACCGAGGUCGCCGGCACCGACCCACAUCUCGCCGGCUACCUGCUGGCCAUCCUCAACGCGGGGUCCUUUUUCGGCCGGCUCCUCCCUAGCUGGCUGGCCGGGCGCUGGGGGCUUAUGAAUGUGCAGAUCGUCUUCGGCCUCAUCUCCGGGGCGCUGGCACUGGCGCUCCUGGGCAUACGGACGACGGGUGGCGUGGUCGCGUUCACGGCCGUCUACGGGUUCGUGUCGGCGCCGUACGUCGCGCUGCCGAUCCCGAUCGUGACGAGCCUGUCGCCGGACAAGGGCGUGUGGGCGACGAGGCUGGGCAUGAGCUUCGCGAUCAUCGGCCUCGGGGCGCUGAUCGGCAGUCCCGUGGCGGGGGCGAUUCUCGGGGAUGGGGAGGACAGGAACUGGACGGGGCUGAUUGUCUGGUGCGGAGUCAUGUUUUUUACUUCAGCGGGUAUUCUUACGAUUCUGCGUACGAUGAAAGUAGGGUUCAAGCUGUUUGUGAUCGUUUGA